UCUCUCUCUCUCAUCGUAGAAACCCUAACCGGCUAACCCCCAUUUUCCAAACCACGCACUCUCGAGUCUCGACUCUUCCGGCUUCUCGCCGCGGCCUCGGCUUCGGUUUCCGGCGAUUUGCGUCACCGUGGUCUUAUGUCCGGAAGGUUCAAUAUGUCUCACAGAUCAAAAGAAAAGGAUAAGAGGUCUGAUUUCAAGUACUAUGAGGGCAAGUAUUAUCAUGAGUUGAAGAGAGGUAGUUACAAGAUAAAAGAUUCUCAUUCAACUUACAGAUGUCCAUUUUGCCAUGAGAAAGGGAGAAAAAAUUAUCAACUUAGAGACCUUUCAAGACAUGCCUCUUCUAUUGGUAAAGGCUCACAUAGCAGGGAUACAAAAGAUGAAGCGAAGCACUGGGCUUUGAAGAGUUAUAUUGAUAAAUAUGUUGAUGUGAAGAGUCGGUCAGAAAGGCCUAGAGAAAUCGUACCAAAGAAAAGAGGACCUAGAGAAGGUGAACUGAAGAGCAGAGUCAAGUUAGUAGCGCCUAGAAAAGAUGAACUGAAGAGAGAAAGGCCUACAGAACCUGCUGUCCAGGGAGAAGUUUCUAUUGAGCCGGCAAUAAAAAGAAGACAUUUAGAGCCUGCACCAUCUGUAAUAUCUCCACCCAGGAUAGAAUCGCCGAAACUGAAUGAUGAUAAUUAUCUAGUAUGGCCUGUGAUGGGUGUUUUGGCAAACAUUAAAACUGAGUUUAAAGAUGGGAAACGCGUUGGCGAAAGUGGUUCUAAAAUAAGAGAUGAGUUAACAGCAAAAGGUUUUAAUCCUGUGAAGGUUCAUCCAUUAUGGAAUUAUCGGGGUCAUUCUGGUUUUGCAAUUGUUGAGUUUGAGAAUAGUUGGGAAGGUUUCAACAAUGGAAUGUCUUUUGAGAAGAAUUUUGAAGUUGAGCGCCAUGGAAAAAGGGAUUAUAAUCUGAUGUGUAAAAGAGGAGAUCAAUUAUAUGGAUGGGUUGCUCGUGAUGAUGAUUACAAUGCAAGAGGCAUAGACCGCAUAGUAAGUGAUUUUCUCCGGAAGAAUGGAGAUUUGAAAACUGUUUCUAGCCAGCAAGCUGAGGAACAGAGGAAAACUACAAAGCUUGUAUCCAAUCUCAAAAACACCUUGGAGAUGAGUUAUUCACAUCUCGUAGAGAUGCAAGACAAAUAUCACGAGACUGCUAAUUCCUUAAACAAGGUAGUGCAGGAAAGGGAUGCGAUACUCAAAGCUUACAAUGAGGAAAGAGAGAAAUGUGAGCAAAUGGAAAAAGAACAGUUCAGGAAAAUAUUAAGGGACCAUAGGGAAGCUGCAUUGCACUUGGAAGAUCAAAGAAAAGAUCUUGAGCGCCGUGAGAAGCAACUGCAACAACGCAGGGCACAAAAUGAUAACGAGAAGAGGAAACUCCAUCACGAUAGGCAAAUGAAUGCAAGGGCUACCUUGGAACAGAAAAAAGCUGAUGAAAAUAUGUUACGGUUGGCAGAAGAACAAAAGAAACAAAAGGAGGAGUUGAGAAAAAAAAUCAUAAAACUGGAAAAGGAGCUGGAAAGAAAACAAGCACUGGAACUGGAGAUUGAGCAGAUGAGAGGCGCGUUAAAGACAAGGAAACACAUGGGUGAGGAUGAGGAUGAGGACAUAGAUGCCAAGAAAAAGAUGGAUGAAAUUAAACAAAACUUGGAAGAGAAGGAGCAAGAGUAUGAAGAUGUAGAAGAACUUCAUCAAGCACUUGUGGUCAAGGAGCGGAGGAAUAACGAUGAAGUGCAGGAGGCUCGCAAGGAGCUAGUCAAUGGACUUUGGGAAUUAACAACCCAGGCCAAUAGGAACCGUGUUAAUAUUGGUGUAAAGAGAAUGGGGGACCUUGAUGUCAAACCAUUUCAGAUUGCUAUCAGGAGCAGAUACCCUAAAGAAGAGUCCGAUGUGAAAACAUUGGAGGUAUGCUCUCUGUGGGAGAAUUAUCUUGCUGAUCCAAAUUGGCAUCCAUAUAAGAUCAUUACUGAUGAAGGAGGGCAGCCUAAGGAGAUUAUAGAUGAAGAAGAUGAAAAACUGGCGGGUUUGAAGAAAGAGCUUGGAGAUGAAGUGUUCCAGGCUGUUGUCACUGCCUUGAAGGAACUAAAUGAGUAUAACCCAAGUGGCCGGUACUCAGUAAAAGAGCUAUGGAACUACAAAGACGGGAAGAAGGCCUCUUUAAAAGAGGGAGCAAGUUAUAUUCUGAAGCAGUGGAAACAGCUGAAGGGUCGGAGAAGAAAAUGA